ACUAAGGGUUCGCUCUUUUUGUGUUUUUCGCGAUUGUUCUUUGUGUUAUCAUGAGAUAAGUGUGUUAGAAAUUAUAGUUUUAUUCUUUUCCUGGGGACCAAUCAUUGGUAAACAAUUAUACCUAUGUGAUUACUGCACCAAUGAAAUUCUAAAAUGAAAUUUUUUGAAGGUGAAAAUGUUUUCCAGUACUCAUGGCUGCAAGUAGCCCACGUUUUCUGGUAUCGUUAUCCCAACCCCUUCAGUAAACAUGUGAGAACUGAAGAUAUAUUGUACCGAAAAGUGGAGGAGGGAAUCUUGCACACAAAACGAUUGUUAACAAAAACAGUUCGUGUUUCAUAUUUUGGUUACAACAUUUCUAUAAAGAAUGAACCAAUUAUCGAAGAGUCUUUCAUUGAUCCAAAGAAACAAAUCAUAAAAACUUAUACAUGGAAUGUUGGAACUGCUGUAGCUAGAAUAAGAGAAGAAUGUUUUUACAAGCCAAAAGAAGAAAAGCAAACUGUUAUAGAACGCAAAGCUUGGAUAGCAUCAUCUAAAAUGUACUUUCCUCGUAUUAUAGAAGGCUAUUUAAUUCGUAGGUUUGAAAAGAAUGUCACAAAGACGUGUAAAGGAUUAGAAUUCGUGUUAUCGAACAUGUUUCCUUCUCCACUUUUGCAAGAAAAGUCCAGCCUGAUAGAUAAAGAUAAAAUUUGUGAAAAAGCCCGGAAAGCAAAAGAUAUUGCAAAAUCAGGAGCUGUGCCCAUAUUUACUGCAUAUGCGAAUCGAGGCUGAUUAUUUUUUAAUUUGUAGAAAAAAAAAAAAAAAUUUACUGUCUUAUUAUUCAGAACACUGUAUAUAAAUCCACGUUUUAGAAGAUGAUGUUACAGUUUGAUCUAAGCACGUAUCAUAUAUUUUAACACUAUUGAAAUAAAACUAGAUAUCUUUUUUGUAAAAUAUAAUUAGUAAAUAUUUCGAUGCAUUGUGAUUAUGAAA